AUGAGAAUUAAUGGUAUGUAUAAGUAUCUAACAGUUUACACAAUAUUUUGUUUUUGUUGGAAGUCCGUGGAUUCCACUCAUACUAACGGUGUAUUAACCCAACCAAAGAAUCAACAUGAUUUAAAUCAAGUAGAAAAUCAACAAUUUUCAAAGGCAGCUGAUCUAGAUCAAUCAGACUCACAAUUAUAUGCGUCAUAUGUAAAUAUUUAUACCAUUGAUGAAGAUUCUAAUGAAUUGGUUGAAAAUGACACGGAUAGAUACUACGUGGAUGAAUAUAAAUCUACCUUCUAUUUCAGAUUUUAUCACGACUCAAAGUGUGUUGAACUAAACUAUUUGGGAAAGCAAGUAUGGAAGCAUGAUAAUACGGAAUAUGGUGACGAAUACCCCAAAGAAAUCUUUUUUCAAAGAGUCACCAAGAGAAUUAUAAUCAACUAUCCAACAUUAUACCUUUCCUACUCUUACAGAAAUCAUAAUUGGAAAUUUGAGUCAAAAGUUGAUUUGAAAAUUGUUUUUGAAAAUGGACUUACAAUUAUCACAUCAGAUAACAAAAAUCUUUCUAAUCCAAAGGUAAAUGAUACUUCCAAUUUUAAGGUAAAAUUGCACGAUUACGUAUAUCAGUACGUUAUUGAAGAUAAUGUGAAGUGUGUCGAAGUUAAAUUAGGAGAAAAGAAUGUAUGGAAAUAUAAAACUGAAGAAUACAAAAGGGGAUUUCCUACAUCUUUAUAUUUCCACAGAGAUUUAGGAUUAAUCUUCAUGGACUUUAAUGAUAUGUCCUCAAUGUUCAGGUGUAAUGAAACUACGUGUAAAUGCAUAGGAAACAAUCCCAUGAAAGGAAUAUCUGUAUCGGAUUUAAAAAUUCAUACUAUUGACCCCUACAAUUAUUCCAAAAUUAAUGAAAAUGAUGAAACCCAGUACGAAAGAAAGGAUACAGGAUAUGGAUAUAUCUUCAAUUUGAAUGAAAAGGCCAAAAUGAGAGAACUUUUAUAUAAAGACAAAGUUCUGUGGUACUACGGGUAUAAAUCUAAACAAGAAUACCCCAAGUCUGUCUUUUUAAAUACGUACUUGAAGAUGAUAGCCGUGAAAUUUUCAAACUAUCAUCUAGUUUACAUGUAUCUUCAUAAAUGGAGGUACAUAUGCAAAUCUUCCAGCAUGACACUCUCCGAAUCUGAUGUCAAAAUAUACACUAAAAUCGGCCCUGAAGUAAAGGAGAAUGAUCAAGAAAGUUAUGAACUCGUCAAGUACCCCUAUGGAUACGCUUUAUCGUAUAACAUUAAAACCAACGCUAACUUAGUUCAACUCAAAUUUAAAAAUAAAACCGUUUGGAAACAUAAUCCAAGAAAAUUAGGCCAAAAUUAUCCCAACAAUAUCUAUAUAAAUAGGGAUAUGAAGAUGAUCAUACUUACCUCCCCAAAGUUUAUUUACGUUUACGUUAAUCUUGACAAGUGGAGAAAAGUAUUUGAAAGCGUUGAUAAAGACAUACUGCAGACAUCGACUGAGUAUUCCACUGAUAGUAGUUCCAGUAGUAGUGGCACUAGUGAUUCAGAAACCUCGGAUGAAGAUAUUUCUGAAACUGAACAAUCAUCAGAUUCUAAACCAACAACCAGCCAAAGAUUCCCAGCUGGAUAUUCAACUGAUAGUACACCUAGUAGUAGUGAUAUUGGUGAUUCAGAGAGCUCAGAUGAGGAAACCUAUCAAGUUGAGCCUCCUAGAAAAAAGAGAUAUACCAGAGGUAAACCAAGACAAGUCGCGGUUUCAAGGAGGGAAUCUGAUACAUCUGUAACUGAACCAACUUCAAAUGAAACUAAAGAAAACAAGGAUGAAGUUCUAGUUAAAACUGAAAGGUUGGAAAGAGGACAUACAAAGGAAUAUGUUUUGGGUAUUGUAAUUGCAGUGGUCUUGUUAAUCCUUGGAGCAGGACUGGGAUUCGCUUUGUAUCACACCAGAAAAAUUAAAAAAUCCAGAAAUGCAUCAAGUUUUAGCAGUGAAAUUGAUGAAAUUACGGUGUUCUAAUAAGUGGAAGAUUCACACCCCUCUCUUAAUUAAUCCAGUGUAAAAUUGUUGUAGCA